ACCGCGAGUUCCGAAGACAUCACACACCGUGAUGUGUGUGUGUGUGUGUGUGUGUGUGUCCGUUCAUUCGUGAUACUGUUUGGGGUGGUUGGGGGGCGUUAAACAAAGAUUUCUCUCACAGAGACCCUUGUCGGCGACAAAAAAAGUGGAGCACGAUAAAAAUGGAUGUCCUUUCAUAUGACGUGUCGCACGGUUCUUCUUUUUUGACGUGCGGAAAAACGCGAAUGCGAAAGGUCACGUGCACAGCGUGACGCACGCGGCGCGAACAUGGUAGACGUUACGACAGCUUUGCCAUCUAAUGGAGGGGGCUCGCUAAUUGGACGCACCAGAGGCGCUCUCAGGACGGUGCGAUCCGCUUUGGGCGGCAGCGGGGAGUAUCUUCAGGGCCUAGGAAAUAGGAUAGGCUCCGCUCUUAGUAGUAGCUUGGAGGAAAGUGAGCUAACUACGACUCCAUCUUCGCCGCCGUCGUCACCGCCGCAAGCAGCACCGCCUAUCAAGCCGCCUAUCAAGUCGGAGGAGCAAUUAGGACGACGGAAACUUCGGCUUCCGAGAUUCGGCACGGGAUUAUCCUAUGAGGAUUACGAGGCGAUGGCGCGGCACAAAUUGGAGCGACAGGGGAACACCAAUAUUUCCAGGUGUACGCGGAAAUAUCCCCCCGGGAUGACUUAUGAGGAGAUAGCGUCCUCGAGAUCGGCCUCGAGCAAGAAGCAGGAGAGCCGCACGGAGCAGGACGAUAUCAGUCCUGAUCGAGACAGCCAGGAAAGUAUAGAGCCCCUCCAGGAGCAGGACCUCAAAGCGACUGGACCGGAUCCUUACGAGAAGUUGAAUUACAAAGCAGCGAGGGCGCCUACCCGCUAUCAGACGAUCGUUUUCCGUUUAGACAUACCUUGCAGCAGCGAUUCUACCAGCGAUCAGGACGGGUACGGGCCAAGCACCAGUUUGGAUUCUAACAUGGACGGUCGCAGAAUGUGGCAGCGAUCAGGGUCAUCGGGCUCGGUUCAGUCCUGGGCUUCGAGUUUAUCGGCUGACAGCCAAUCGGAAGAGGCAGCUGCAGACUUCAUGAAGGCUUUCGUGCCUCUUUUAUUUGAUGCACCUAACAGUAUCGAUCAGGAGCAGAAGGCUAAUUUUGGGCAGAUGGUUCUGACAGAAUCGGGAAGAAUAUGGUUCUCCAGAGUGGUGAACGCAAGAAGGGCGCGUGCUUGCGUCACUGAAGCUUCGUUCUACUCUUUGGCUCAGCAUUUCGCGGUCGCACUGUUCGAAUGCCACGAGGCGGACGACUUCGCUCCCGCUAAGAGUCUUAUGAACAUGUGCUUCACUUUCUAUCACGAAGUGGAAGUCCCCGGAUUAGAGCCUUAUCGCGAGUACCUGUACACGCACUUGCGCGUCCAACCGAUUUGGACGUCCAUGAGAUUUUGGACCGCCGCCUUCUUCGACGCGGUGCAGUGCGAACGAGCCUCCAGGCCGGUGCCACCGCGGCCGAAGUCCUUGGAUCAAGAGAGCAUCGCCGCUGAGGAUCGGAGGUUUCAAGCUAACAUAGUCUUCGGGCAAUUAGGGACUUUCACCUGCAACAUGCAUGCUUUCGGCCUGUCACGAGUUUUAUGCACCGAGUUCCUGCGGAAACAAUGCAUCAUCGCUAAUUUAACGAAAGAGCAAGAGAAAAUGCUGCGAGACAACAUAGACCGGAUGUUCGACGAGACCGAGCCAUGGCGGUAGUUUGCUUUGUAGACAGGACCGAUCUUGGAAAUCGCCCUGGAGAAUCGCGAUUCGAGAGAUGUUCCUUCGCAAAAAUAUUAUUGGCGAACACUAAAUUGUUCUCGAACGCCGAGAUAGCGGCGAGGUCAAUUACGAGUGCGAUCUUGUUGAUGUUGUUGGUCGUAAAUCGACGUCUAUUGAAUCUUGUGCGGUAUUCGACGCUGAACACGUCGCUUCCUGGGACGCAAACUUUGCACCGUUGAAUCUUGCAACGGUCUUAUCAAAGUUCUCAUGUUUCCGAUACGAAUUAGGUAAGGUACUAGUCUUAACAGCGCUUAUGAGGAUAAGAGCAGUUGAAAUCAGAGGUCUGUGUGGAAGUAAUUACGAAAUUUUGAAAUAACCUGAGUCGAAAUUUUAAUCUUACAUUAAGUCUAUUUGGUUCUACAUUGUCUUCAAACGGAGGAAAUGGAAAUAACUACUCAUUUAUAAUAUCAAAGGAGCACUAAUUCUCUUUGCUAAAGAAAAUUUAGACCUCACGGAGGGAAAUUUUAAAUUCUGCAUUAAAUCUGCAAGUUGAGAAAACGGAAAUAACUUCCCAAUUGUAGCAUUAAGAGGAGCUGAAAACUUUUGAAGACUUAACGUAGAACCUAAAUAGACCUAAUUUAGUAUUGAAAUUUUAACUGAGGAUAACGUUGAAACUUAAAUAUUCAGACUGCGAUGAUAAAGUUAAGCUUUGAAAUGACAAUAAGGCGCGAAAAUGGAGCUGCGUCGGCAGUUCGAUCGAAAUAUAGAGCUGAUCGAGUUCUGUAUAAUAUGUGCAGGAGAAGUGUUCUUAUUGGUGAGAAGCAUGUGUUUCGAUGCGCAGCGCUGUCUCCUGACGAGAUCGCGUUUGAUCGAAUUUCCAAAUGAAAUUCCAGGUGAACGUUUUGUUAGAUAAUUUCUAUCUCCCUCAAAUAAAGUCCGCGCGAUAUCGUAUUUACAGUUAUUUUCUUUUUUUACUCCAUGGUUUGUCGCAUACUUACUUAUCAUAUCUUCAAUCGCUGCUUUCGACCGGGCGGUAAUAAAUUUCUAAGCGCGUGCAAAUCCUAAUACGUUACACCUGCAAUUGUACGUUGACAAUUUCCGACUUGAAGAAUUAUCAGCGCCUUUUGUAAAAACGGGACAAAGAUAUAAAGUAUUUUCUUUCACUAUUAGAUGAGAAAGUGAUAUUUCUUCCUCUGUAGCGAUGAAUACCGGUAUUAAUUGUAAUCAACAAUUUGCGCAUUCCGACAACUUGUCAUCACACGCGAUGUAAUCGUUACAUCAGUGCAUCAUUAUGCGAUGUAAAUAAUUUCGAAGGAAAAGCUUGUACCUAAACACAUAUCAUCAAAUGCAAAUCACACACAGCGCUCUAUUUUAUUUUAUAUAUAUAUAUAUCUAUCUAUCUGUGCGAUAUAUGCCUGCAAGUAUGGAACGGUAAACUCAGCAAACACUUAAGGCAAAUAAAUUU